CUAUUACUCUAAACCUUUACAAUCCACAGGCUGCUUUGCCUUUGCCUUUGGCCCCUUCUUCUACCAUCCUUUUUAUUUUUUCUCCCAAAAUAAAUAAAUGAUCUUGAUACUAUUGGAAUUUAUUGGCCUACCCCCAUUUAUUUAAUUAUUCCCAACUUCUCUUUUCCUUAUGUCUUGGAACUAUUCACUACAACUAUAUGCUUAACCAUCUUCUGCUCUUACUUGAAUUCUUCUGCUCAUUCUUGACCUUCAGGCUUGAGGUGAAUUCUUGAUAUGAUUUGAGGGUUUAAUAAUUCAUUUUGUUUUCAAUCAUGGGGUUAGGGUUCUUCCCUAAUAGAAGACAUGGACAUGUAUUUUGGAGGGGAGUUAUGGUGAUUUUCAUCUUGUUUAUGGUGGGAGUGGGACCCAUUUGGGGGCAAACUCGGGCAAGGAAUUCUACUAGUUCAUCGAGGAAAAAGAUUGUGAAUAUUGGUGCUCUUUUUACUUUCAAUUCUGUUAUCGGAAGAGCAGUGAAGCCUGCAAUGGUAGCUGCACUUGGUGGCAUCAAUUCCAAUUCCAGCAUAUUACAAGGAACAACAUUGAACAUUAUUUUUCAUGAUACCAAUUGCAGUGGUUUCAUGGGUACUGUGGAAGCUUUGCAGCUAAUGGAGAAAGACGUGGCUAUUGCAAUUGGUCCUCAAUCUUCUGGCAUUGCUCAUGUUAUUUCUCAUGUUGUUAAUGAGCUUCAUGUUCCCUUACUAUCUCUUGCAACAGAUCCUACUCUAUCUGCACUUCAAUACCCAUAUUUUCUUCGUACGAUACAGAGUGAUUAUUUUCAGAUGUAUGCUAUCGCUGAUCUGAUUGAGCAUUACGAGUGGAGGGAGGUAAUUGCUAUAUUCGUGGAUGAUGAAUACGGAAGAAAUGGAGUAUCAGUUUUAGGAGAUGCUCUUGCUAAAAAGCGUUCCAAGAUCUCGUACAAGGCUGCUUUUGCUCCAGAUGCUUCAAGAAAUGAUAUAAAUGAUUUGCUAAUUCAAGUCAAUUUGAUGGAAUCUCGAGUUUUUAUUGUUCAUGUGAAUCCUGAUUCUGGUCUGACGGUAUUUUCUGUUGCAAAGUCUCUUGGGAUGAUGGGCAAGGGCUAUGUUUGGAUUGCUACAGAUUGGCUUCCUUCCGUUCUUGAUAGCGCUGGAUCUGAUGACUCUGGUACCAUGGAUCUAAUACAAGGAGUGUUGGCUCUACGCCAUCAUACGACAGAUUCUGACCAAAAACAUGAUUUUAUGUCGAGAUGGAAGGGCUUGAAAUAUGUGGGGAACUCCAGCCUUAAUUCUUAUGCUUUUUAUGCUUAUGAUUCUGUUUGGUUAGCUGCCUAUGCUCUUGAUUCAUUUUUCAACCAGGCUGGUAACUUAACUUUCUUUCGUGACCCGAUGAUUAAUGGAAGUGUACUCAAAUCGUCCCUUCGUGUUUCCCAAGGAGGCCAACAAUUGCUUCAGAUACUGCUCCAAACGAAGUUCACAGGUUUGUCGGGGGAUAUUCAAUUUGAUUCAGAAAAGAACUUAAUUCACCCGGCAUUUGACAUAUUGAAUAUUGUUGGAACUGGUUCUAAUAAAAUUGGGUAUUGGUCAAAUUACUCUGGUCUUUCAGUUGUAACUCCUGAAAGUUUGUACUCGAAGCCUCCAAACAGGUCCGCAAGUAGUCAACGUCUUAGUGGUGUUAUAUGGCCAGGUCAAGUCAGCGAAGUUCCUCGUGGAUGGGUAUUUCCUAAUAAUGGUAAGCCGCUACAGAUUGCGGUACCCAAUCGUGUGAGCUAUAAGGAAUUUGUUUCUGUAGACAAGGAUCCCCCUGGAGUUCAGGGAUUCUGUAUAGACGUCUUUGAAGCUGCUCUUAAACUGCUUCCUUAUCCCGUUCCACAUAACUAUGUGCUAUAUGGUGAUGGCAUAAGAAAUCCAGAGUUCAACAAUCUUGUUUAUGACGUUGCUGAUAACAAAUUUGAUGCAGCUGUGGGAGACAUAACAAUUGUCACAAACAGGACUAGGAUAGUGGAUUUCACUCAACCAUUUAUGGAAUCUGGAUUAGUUGUAGUUGCCCCUCUAAGAAAAGUCAAAUCAAGUGCCUGGGCAUUCCUCAAACCUUUUACUAUAGAGAUGUGGUGUGUUACUGGAGCCUUUUUUUUACUCGUGGGAGCUGCUGUUUGGAUUCUAGAGCAUCGAAUCAACAGUGAAUUUCGUGGUCCACCAAGCCAACAAAUUAUCACAAUAUUCUGGUUCAGCUUUUCAACGAUGUUUUUCUCACACAGAGAGAACACUCUGAGCACCUUGGGACGAUUUGUGCUUCUUAUAUGGCUCUUUGUGGUUUUGAUUAUCAAUUCCAGUUACACGGCUAGUUUGACGUCUAUCCUCACAGUGCAGCAGCUAUCAUCGAGAAUUGAAGGAAUUGACAGCUUAACAUCUGGUAAUGAUCCAAUUGGGAUUCAAGAUGGCUCAUUUGCUCGUGAUUAUCUUGUCAGAGAACUCAAUAUAGCUGAGUCGAGAAUCAAAAACCUCAAGGACCAAGAAGCAUAUGCUGAUGCUCUUCAGCGUGGCCCUAAAAAUGGAGGUGUAGCUGCCAUUGUCGAUGAGCUUCCUUAUGUUCAAGUCCUCUUAUCAUAUAGUAACUGCAAUGUUCAGAUCGUAGGCCAAGAGUUUACAAAAAGUGGUUGGGGAUUUGCAUUUCAACGGGAUUCUCCGCUAGCAGUCGAUUUGUCCACUGCUAUACUCCAACUCUCAGAAAAUGGUGAACUACAACGAAUCCACGACAAGUGGUUGACAACCAGAGCCUGCUCAAAUCAAUCAGAUCAAAUUGAAGACAGCCGUCUCUCCCUGAGAAGUUUUUGGGGGCUAUUUUUGAUUUGUGGCGUUGCCUGCUUCGUAGCACUUGGUAUAUUUUUUGGCCGAGUGUGCUAUCAGUACAGAAUGUUUUCCCCUGAAGUUGUUAGUCAAGAUGAAAUUGAAGCAGCUGAACCAGCCCCAGUCAGGUCUAGACGUAUCAGUUCAACCAGCUUCAAAGACUUGUUUGAUUUUAUCGAUAGAAAAGAAGUCGAGAUAAAGGAACUUUUCAAGCGAAAGAACAGUAUCGAGAGCAGCCGAUCACAGGGUAGUCGGAGUUAUAGUUUAGAUAAGGAACUUUCUUCGCCUGCGUAGUCUAUAAGCAGUACUCCUCCGGGUUUUGUUCCACAUUUCCAUUGCACGCUGCGUUUCUCCCAGUUCAAUUGGACUGUUACAUACAGUUAACUUCACAUGUAACAGAAAUGAUGAGUUUUAGAAUGAUGAUUUCUUGUAGAAGUAAAUGUUUAUAGACUAUCAAUUUCUACACUUGUGUCUUCAAAAAAUAUAAGGUAAAUACACUAGUUGUUCAAAUGUCAAUUACCCUAUCAAUCAAAGUGGACCUCGAGUUGUAACAAGGUCACACAUUGACCACAAGGUUUAAUAGUUUCUUUGGUCUUAUUUACUCCCAAAAAUUUUUAUUUCUUCGCUAUCCAAUAUAAUGUCUUGAUCCUUAA